UCCCUCAUCCUUGUUUACUCGAAGAAACUUCAGACCGGACGUGUUUAGUCAGAACUGAAAUACAUCUCGGGGCCAAAACGAUAGGAAACGAGGCUGCCUCGCGGUGGCAGCCGCACAAGUGCCGCCGCCACCCCCCAGCCUGGGUCCCAGCGCCGGAGCUUUCGGCCCCUCCCUCCUCCCGGCAAAGUUUUGUGCAGAGAGUGUUUUUACAGCCUUCGACGGGAAAACUUCGCAUAGACGGGGAUCCGGGCCCGUAAUUUGGAGAAGCCUGCCCACUGGCGCUCUUCCCGAUCUCCUGCCCGACGUGGUGCCGAUCCGCCAGUCGGCCCCGCUCGUUUUGUGGUCUUCGGUUUUUGUGGAUUUUAAAAAGUUUUUUAAAUGUCCGGUUAGGUUCGGAGCAGAUACACGCCGAUGAGUGACGAGCACUAGGAGGACACCAUUGUUGUCUGCGCUCUUCUGAGACCCCACUGAAGGACUGUUGUUUUUUAAUGUUUUGUUUCCUUUUUGCUUGGCCUAGCCUCUUCUAGGAAUUAGCUAUCACUGCUAGGAAUUAGCUAUCACUGCCAUUUUCUUGCUUGGUGUGUUAGGGGAGAAAAUAAUUAAUCAUGGGCAAAGGAGAUCCUAAGAAGCCGAGAGGCAAAAUGUCAUCCUAUGCAUUCUUCGUGCAAACUUGCCGAGAAGAGCACAAGAAGAAGCACCCGGAUGCUUCAGUGAACUUCUCAGAGUUUUCUAAGAAGUGCUCAGAGAGGUGGAAGACCAUGUCCGCUAAAGAGAAAGGAAAGUUCGAAGACAUGGCGAAGGCGGACAAGGCCCGUUACGAAAGAGAAAUGAAAACUUAUAUCCCUCCUAAAGGGGAAACAAAAAAGAAGUUCAAGGAUCCCAAUGCACCCAAGAGGCCUCCUUCGGCCUUUUUCUUGUUUUGUUCUGAGUAUCGCCCAAAAAUCAAAGGAGAACAUCCUGGCCUUUCUAUCGGUGAUGUUGCAAAGAAGCUGGGAGAGAUGUGGAAUAACACCGCUGCUGAUGACAAGCAGCCUUAUGAAAAGAAAGCUGCGAAGCUGAAGGAAAAAUAUGAAAAGGAUAUUGCUGCAUACCGAGCUAAAGGAAAGCCUGAUGCGGCAAAAAAGGGAGUCGUCAAGGCUGAGAAAAGCAAGAAAAAGAAGGAAGAGGAGGAGGACGAGGAAGAUGAAGAGGAUGAGGAAGAGGAGGAAGAUGAAGAAGAUGAAGAUGAAGAAGAAGAUGAUGAUGAUGAAUAAGUUGGUUCUAGCGCAGUUUUUUUUUCUUGUCUAUAAAGCAUUUAACCCCCCUGUACACAACUCACUCCUUUUAAAGAAAAAAAUUGAAAUGUAAGGCUGUGUAAGAUUUGUUUUUAAA